AUGGGGAAUGAGGGGAGUCUCUUGUCUCUUGCACUUGAUCAUCCUCACUCUCGCCCUCAUCUUCGUGUACCCCCGUUGCCCUCGGGCGUGUUUAGACCUCCAGAGCUGAAGUGUUAUACAUCUCGCGUGCAAUUCUCGUGAAAUAUGGAUCGUGUUAUUGUAGUACUUUGUAUGGUUGCAAGUAUUCAGAAUGUUUUUUCGCUCAAUCGAGGAUCUGUCAAUUAUGAAGAUGCAUCAUUCUGGUCAAAAGAAGGUCAAAAAUAUCUGGAAAAAAUGUUGGAAGUGAACAAUAUCGAGCAACGAGCUAAAAAUGUUAUUAUUUUUAUUGGAGACGGAAUGGGAUUAGCAUCAGUAACAGCCGGACGAAUUUUCACCGGACAACAAAAAGGACUCAGCGGCGAAGAAUAUAAACUAAAUUUUGAAGAAUUUCCCAACACUGGAUUUUCAAAAACGUACAAUGUAGACAGACAGGUGCCCGACUCAGCCGGAACUGCGACAGCAAUAUUUUCCGGAGUAAAAAGCAGAUAUAAGGUCAUUGGAUUAGAUCCAAAGGCCUUGUAUAACAUUUGCGAGCCGUCAAUGAACGACGAGAGGAAACUUAGGACCGUCGCGGACUGGGCGCAAGACACCGGAAUGGAUACAGGUUUUGUUACGACGACAAGAAUCACUCACGCUACUCCAGCUUCACUUUACGCUCAUGUGAAUAACCGAGACUGGGAAUGUGAUAGCGCUAUUCCUACAAUAUAUAAAGAUUGUACCAAAGAUAUCGCACGACAACUUAUCGAAGAUGCGCCUGGUAAUAAAUUUAAGGUAAUUUUGGGCGGAGGUGGCCAAAAUAUGGGAACCCCAAUGCCAGAUUCGAUUGAUAAAGAGAGUUGUACGAGAAAAGACGGAAAGGAUUUAACGCAAAUAUGGAAGAAGUUCAACCCAGAAGGCAAAGUUGUCAAAAAUACCGCCGAUUUGAUGUCAGUGGAUAUUAACAACAUUACCAAAUUACUUGGAGUUUUUUCUAAUAGUCAUAUGCCUUACCAUGGAGUAAGGACAGAUGAAACUCCAACUCUAGCAAAUAUGACAACGCAAGCUAUUAAAAUCCUGAAGAAAAAUAAAAAUGGAUUUUUGUUAAUGGUCGAAAGUGGAAGAAUAGAUACUGCUCACCAUAAAAACUACGCUCAAUUAGCAUUACGUGAAGUGACUGCUCUAGAAGAAGCCGUAAAUGUUGCAUUAAAAUUAACCAAAGUUGAAGAAACGCUUAUAAUUGUAACUGCAGACCAUUCUCAUGCAUUUACAAUGAAUGGAUAUCCAAUGCGAGGGGAUGACAUCCUCGGAUUCGCUCAUAAUCGUAAUGAGUCAGAUGCAGCAGCCUAUGAAACAUUAACGUACGCCAACGGGCCCGGUUUUGCUUACCACAGAAAUAAUGACUCUAAUUCAAGUCAAACUUGGAUUUCUGUUGAAUUGGAUCCAAAUAGAGAAUUGCCAUUUUAUCAGCAUAUGGCUGGAAUGUACUUGAAGGAUGAAACACAUGGGGGUGAAGAUGUGGGAGUUUAUUCUACUGGCCCAUACUCUCACCUUUUGCGAGGAACAUUUGAACAGAAUUACAUUGCUCAUGUGGUAGCAUACGCGGCUUGUUUAAAGGACUGGCCUUCGCAUUGUAAUGAUCAAUACAAAAAGUAUUAUUACGAUACCUCUAACGCAUCAUCAUUAAGUACCGUGUCUCUAUCAUCUCUCAUCUUAGCGACUACUCUUUUAAUUUUACAACUUUUCACUUGA